AGACCAUCGAGAUAUAACAAAUAGACAUGGACUACCAGAAUCGAGUAGGGUCAAAAAAAGGUGGUGGAGGGGUGGCCGGUACCGCUGAGACUAACCAAUACAGAAGAGAAAGACUCAAAAACCUUUUACAGUCGAAAAUCAAUAUUGAAUCUGACCCCUAUGUGUUCAAAAAUCAUUUGGGUAUCUUGGAAUGCAAACUAUGUUUAACUACCCAUAUGUCUGAGAGUAGUUACAUUACUCAUACGACGGGUCGUAGGCAUCAACUUAAUCUUAUGCGUCGAGCGGAGUCAGAGAGAAAGCAACGCAGUUCAGAGAAGAGUGGCACUGAAGAAGAAAUAAUAGAGAAAAGACACUGGACCACCAUAGGUAAACCUGUAUAUAAAGUCUUUAAAAUUAGAGAUCCUGUGAGCCUAAAUAAAGGCUUUAUUUUUACUUUCAAGUUGGAUAAAAUCAAAGCGGAUAUCAAACCUUUGUACCGAUUUAUGUCAUGUUUUGAACAGAAAAAGGAGAGCCCCAACCCUAAAUUCCAAUAUCUUCUCAUAAGUGCAGAGCCUUACGAGAAUGUUGGUUUCAAGAUACCAGGAGAUACAAUUGAUUUACGCACUGAUAGAAUAUGGGACUAUUGGGAUCCCGAUACCAAGGAAUACUGCAUACAAUUUUUCUACCUAAACAAAUAGUUUUCUAAACACUAAAUAUACACCUAACUAAAUACACGACUUUUUACUUUACAAUUAUAAUACUUCCUUGGACUCUUUAAUUUUAUUAGUGAUUUCAGCAAUAUACAGCAGAAUUUUUGAGUUUAGUUUCUCCAGGUCAAAAUUGGUUUCCUUACACUCAAGUUCAUACUGCUUUUCAAUAUCUGUUAUCUUACUUCUCCAAUCAUUUAUUUGCGCCUCUUUUUCACUUAAGUCAACAUCUUCCAAAUUUUUCUCUGACUUGAGGGAAUUGUAUUCGUUGUUUUGAAUAGCUAUUUUUUCCUCUAAAGAUUUCAUUUUCUCUGUGUAGAAUGAUUGUAGCUUUGUUAUUCUAUCCUCAUUAUGCUUUAGCUGCCUUUCUAUCUGUAUCAUCU